AUGCACGAAGAUGUCGAAGAAGAUGAUGAAAGACCGGGACAAAGUGCUGAGUAUUCAACACCCAGGGUGUGCGAGGCCAAGUCAAUCUUUUACGAUGACGUGUUGACGAAAGUCUUGGAGCAUGUCCAUCCGCUCUGUCUUCUCCCAUGUGCAUGCUUGAACCGAAGCCUUCACAGGAUCGUAUCCAGCAUCAAGCAGACUGUCACUUACCUUGAUGUCGGAUCGUUCCUGUGCUCCAACAACGAUCUGCCGUGCGAGUGGGGUAGGGCAAGGCUCACCUGGCAGCUGGGCCAAACGAACAACAUGAUCUCGGACAGGAGCUUGGGGUUGAUCCUCUCACAUUUCCCUCACGUCAAGCAUCUCAGCCUGCGACAAUGUCUGCUUGUUCAAGAUCCGGAUCCCCAGCAGACUGAGAGAGCAGGAGGAGGAUUUUUUGACAUGCUGGUAGAUAAGAUGCCUACUUCACUAGCCUCGCUCGACAUUUCUUUCUGCCAUCUCCUUCAAGGGAGUCGAUUCGGCUUGAGACUGCCAGCCAACUUGAGGCACCUGACUGCACGAUACCUGGAGUGCGACAGUUUCAAGGAUCUGAUGCAUGCCAGCAGAUAUCUGUCCCUUGCUUCGUUCGACAUCUACGGCAGCCGCUCUAAGCAAAGCAUGUACACCUACGACAACGCACUCCUCGAUGCGAUCUGUACAAAAGGAGACUUGAGGGUCUUGCACGUGGGAAACAGCAAGGUCUUCCAGCAUGUUGACGCGCACCUGUUGCAAGUGACGUUGACGAGCUUGAAGCACGUGGUGUCGCUUGACUUGUCUUGGAUCGUUGAGAAGACAAGAGGAGAUUAUCUCAUUCAUCUCAUUGCCAAGAAUCUCACCAUCCUCGAGGGCCUCGCGCUUGCUGGGCUGACUGUCUCGGAUGAAUCCCUGCUGCUGCUCUCGCGAGAAUGCAGCCGCAUCAACCGUCUCCAGCUUGUAAGCUGCGAAGGAGUUUCAAGCAAGGCCCUGUCAGAACUGAUGUCGAUGGAGAAACUUCUCAGCUUCAACCUGGUCCAGCCCAGCAGCUCGCUGGCUAACGUGUCUGUGCGGAGCAUAGCUGGACAGCAGGCGACUUUGACUCUUAUUAACGUGUGCCUGGAGGACUUGCGAUUCCCAAUAGUCGACCAAGUCCAAACCAGUAGGCUGACAAUCGUCGGGACCGUUGGGGAGAGAAACCAGGAGCUGCUCGCCGCGUUCCUCUCAAGAUUCCUCUCCCUCAAGGAGCUAUAUCUCGAGCUCCAAGGAAUCUCUGCUGACGACAUCGCUACCAUCCUGGCAACGCUUUCGCUCCCCAAUCUCUCGACUCUGGCCCUAGGAGAAAUGGGCGAGGAGGGGAUGACGGCCCUGGCACACCUGCAGCCGCUGGAGAGUUUGAAAUUCCGCAUGACCUCUCGCAACUGUGACAGGAGCGUCGUUGAGAGCAUGGCAAUCAU